AUGAGAAAGAUUAACUCGUUGCUUCGUAAAAACAAACGAGAACUCGAACGUUCCUUGAACCAGCUUCAGCCGUUGAAACGCAAAACAGAAGGCAUGGUGAAGAAGGCUGCCAAAAGCGGCGACUUGAAGAGUGCGAAGUUGUAUGCUCGUGAGCUCAUUAAUAUCACUCGUCAACAUCAGAAACUUCAUUUGUCAAAAACACGACUUGAAUCCAUCACAAUGGCUAUCAAUGAACAAUGGCAAAUGAGAAAGUUGACCAACUCUCUUCAAACAUCGACUGUCAUCAUGAAGGAGGUUAACCUGGUCAUUCAAUUGGGAAUGAUUACCGGCACAAUGCAAGAGUUGGGUAAAGAAUUAAUGAAAGCAGGAAUUAUAAAUGAGAUGAUGGAUGACAUGGUUGACCUAGACAUAGACGAGGAAUUGGAGGAAGAGUCCCAGGAAGAGGUCAACAAGAUUAUCCAGAGCUUGACAGAAGACAAGUUUUCUAAGAUCGAAACGGAGGUUCCCUCGGCGGAGUUGCCUCAACAAGAGCCCGAGCCUGUAUCAGAGGGAGAGGAUGAGGAGUUGUUACUCGAGAUGCAGCAACGUCUCAAUGCUCUCCAAGAGUCCUAG